UGGUGGUGACGUCUUUGUUAGGGCGUCCCAGAACGCACUGCUCUUGAUCUGAGCUUCCAAUAUAAAGGAGGAUGUUGGGAGCACCUCAACGUGGUCUGGGGUCGCACUUGCUGCAGGAUCAAGGUCGGCGAGCGCAGGAAACUUAUCUGGGUCAGCUCCACACCAUGCAAGCCUGGGGUGUGUUUGUCUUCUGUUCUCUACUACGAGCCACUGCAUGCUUUUCCAGCUACGACUACGUCCAAACAGAGGAGUACAAAACAAAAUACCUGAAAGAUUUGGCUACAGUAGAGGACGGCGAUGAGAAGCAGCUGAUCAAUGAUUUACACCAAGUUUUGGAAAGGCUUCAGAGCAUCCAGUUUCCUGCUCUGAGGAAAAAGCAUGGAUAUCUCCCUGCGUGUGAUCCGGGGGAACAGUGUGCGCUGAGAAAAGGCUCCCGGAUUGGAAAACUGUGCGACUGCUCUCUGCCGAGGACAUGCAACUCUUUUCUCCACCGAUGUUUUUGAUUCUGCACUUCUAAUACAUGUAAAAAAAAUAACCUGAAUGCUUGUAAUGAUAUUUGAUGGUGUAACUCUUGAACAUAUUUGUUUUUUUACUAAAUAUAGUGACCAAAUGAAGCCCUGACUGCAUUAUUUGACUGUU